AUGGACGCCUUUGGCUUUUGCGCCCUGCGUGCAUUCUUAAUCCUCCAUUUGAAGACGUUUGUCGUCCAAGUGAUUGACGCGAUGCCAGUAGCUACCUUGAAAACAGCCCUCGUAUUCAUCCUGUCGAUUCUUGGUCUCAGGGUGACUGCCCAAAAUGGCUACGAAGUACCUGCUGGUUCUCCCGGAUUCUACCAUGGGAACUCGAGUGCCAGCGUCACGUUCGACCAAUACUCUCUAUUCCUUGAUGACAAGCGAACAUUGUUUCUCUCAGGAGAAUUCCAUCCAUACAGAUUACCUUCCACAAAGCUCUGGAAGGACGUUUUGCAGAAAUACAAGGCCGCAGGGCUGAAUGGUGUAUCGAUCUAUUUACACUGGGGUCUCAUCAGUCCGAGCCAAGGGAUAAAUCGCUGGACGGACCAUAAUGACAUCGUCAAGUUCUACGAAAUAGCGAAGGAGGUUGGGCUCUUAGUCAUUGCACGCCCUGGCCCUUACAUCAACGCCGAAUCAGCUGGAGGUGGUCUGCCUGCUUGGCUAACAGUAGUUCCUGGUCUGGCAAGAACAAACGCGACUGCUUACCGCGAAGCUUGGCAUCCAUACAUCAACGAGUUUGCGAAACUAUCUGCUCCGUAUCAGUAUCCGGAUGGUCCGCUCAUAGCUGUCCAAGCGGAGAACGAAUUUGGCCCAAGCGAGUGGUACCAUAUUGCUGGUCUAAAUGAGUACAUGCAAGAUGUGAUUGAUACUCUUCGCACCGGCGGUCUCAACAAAGUUCCGAUCACCCACAAUGACAAAAAUCCUGGCGGAGCAUUUGUCAAAGGCGUCGGCGCUGUUGAUCUCUACGGCUUUGAUGGGUAUCCAGCGGGAUUCCAAUGUGCAUCGCCAGAAACCUGGCCAGAGCUGGAGACGAAUAUGCAUGCAAAUCAUAUGAAGCUUUCCCCAGCUGUGCCACUGGCACUCUACGAGUGGCAAGGUGGUGCCUUCGACUACUGGAACUCUAAUAAUGGGUACGAUAAGUGCUAUAAACUCACAAAUGAGCAAUUUGCGAACGUGUUUUAUAAGAACAAUAUUGCUGGUGGCGUGAGACUGCAGAAUCUCUAUAUGACGUUUGGUGGUUCGAACUGGGGAAAUCUGGGCACCGAGACUAUCUACUCUAGCUAUGACUAUGGAGCUGCAAUUCGGGAAGAUCGCACGGUCACUCCAAAGUUGAACGAGAUCAAAGUUCAAUCUUACUUCCUACAUGCGAGCCCGGCAUAUAUGACCUCAGAUCGAAUUGGUGACGGGUCUCAAGCCACAGGAACGCCCUUUAGUGACUCGAAUGAAAUCUACACAACCCUCUGGAAAGACUCGAAGAGUGGAACAGGGUUCUAUAUUGUUCGACAAACCACCAAUACGAAAUUGACGCCAACACUCUUUACCCUUCGCGUAAACUCGACAGUCCUAGGGACCGACAUCGUCAUGCCAUCCUCCGGGGUAAUGUCUCUUGAUGGAAGAGAAUCUAAGAUUCUCGUCGCGGACUACAAGUUUGGCAAUUCCAAGCUCCUGUUCUCGACAGCAGAGGUCUUGACAUGGCAAACCUUCGACGGUGUCGACUAUAUAUACUUAUACACAUCGCCGUCAGACAAUUUCGAGAUCAUUGUCCAGGCUUCAGGUUUAGCUUCCUCGAACUCAACAACGCCACCAGGCUUCACGAUCAAUUCGACCGAGAAGUACACUGUGGUUUCUGCCCAAGCAAACCGCGCUAGUGCCGUUACUGCGAUCCCAGUUGGAAACGCGGUGAUCAUUCUGGCGGACAAAGCGAGCGCUUUGGCUACAUGGGCCCCACGACUUGCGCCUUCCACUGAUCCUGGUCACUAUACUCCAAGUCCUGACGCCGCUGGUGUCUGGAUCAUGGGACCGUACCUAGUUCGAAGCGUAUCUCUCAACAAAGGGACGCUCUCUUUAGAGGGAGAUCUUAACUCGACGGCAAAUAUUGACAUAUGGGGCCCGUCAAGUAUCAAGAAGGUGACUUGGAACGGAAAUCCGGUGGCUCUGUCCCGCAACACGCUUCGCGGCUCGCUCAGUGGCACGGUCAAAUAUACGCUGAAGUCCAAUGCCAUCAAGAUACCGGACAUCUCGAGGUCAACGUGGAAAUGCAUUGACAACACACCUGAAGCAUAUGCGGACUUUGACGAUUCAAAAUGGGUUGUUGCGAACAAGACUAGCACAAAUCGCCCGCAGAAGCCCUAUGCGGGAAAGUAUGUUCUCUAUGGAGACGAGUAUGGCUAUCAUGGAGGAGAUUUGGUCUGGAGAGGGCAUUUCGACGGGAACGCAACAGGCGUCGAGCUGUCUGUGCAAACGGGCUACUCUGGGGCUGCAAUGGCGUAUUUAAACGGGAAUCCUAUAGGGUCAGCCCAAGGACUAUCGCAGGAUUACAACGUCGACGACGAAUUCAAAAAACCUCGAGGCAUCCGUGGAUAUAAGUUACUUGGCAACGGCGUAGAUUUCGUGAAAUGGACGGUGGCUGGCAAUGUUGGUGGAGAAAGUGGUCCAGAUCGCGUACGUGGUCCAUAUAACGAAGGUGGCUGGUACUAUGAGCGCAUUGGUGCUCAUCUGCCUGGGUUCAACGAUACGAAGUGGUCGGCAUGCUCGCCUUUGACAGGCAGGACGGCGCCGGGUAUCACCGUCUACCGCACGAGCUUUGAUCUCAAUAUCCCGAAGGGUGCAGACGUCCCUCUUGCACUCGACUUAGAACUUGACUCAAUUGCAUACCGAUCCGUUAUUUGGGUAAACGGAUGGCAAUUUGGCCGAUUUGCAUCUUCCCUUGGGCCCCAAACUUCCUAUCCUGUCCCUGAGGGUAUACUGAAUCACCAGGGCAAAAACGAGGUAGUCGUGACUCUCUGGGCGCUGUUUGACGGGGGUGCGAAAAUGAAGAAAUUAGAGCUCAACAAGCGAGCUGUCAUCGAAUCAAGCAAGGCGUCGAACAUUGGUGUCGUUGCAGCGCCAGAUUGGAAAGCGGCGCGAGGAAACUGA